UGAAUCUGUUGCUGACACCGUACUUCGUAAUCGUUGGAUGACGCUCAGAAACACGACGGUUUGAGGAGACAUUGAACGCAGCACGUCGGACCCGGCGGACCGGAGAGAAGCAGCAGCGCGAGUGAGGAACCUUCUACCCCCCCCUCCAGGAUGACGAGCCUCCAGCUGAGCGCGGAGGAGGAGGCGGUGGAGAUGUUCCUGGACGCCGCCGCCAGGGGAGACGUGAGGCGCGUGUCCGAGCUGCUGCGCGGCGCCCCGUCGCUCAUCAACCGGUCGGGACGGAGCGGCUGGACGGCGCUGAUGCUCGCCGCUCGCAACGGACACUACGAGGCGGCGGAGGCGCUGCUGUCCCACGGGUGCGACCGGCUCUCCGUGAACGGCUCGUCGCAGAGCGCCCUCGACGUGGCCAGGUUCUGGGGCCACCGCCACAUCGCCGCCCUGCUGGCCGGGGCGGAGGGCGUCCCGCCGACCUCCGACCUCCACCCGCGGGAGAACUACUUCAGCAGGGAGACGCUGGACCGGCUGAGCGCCAAGAGGACCGACGCGGUGUGGCUGGAGGAGAGGCGGAGCCAGCCGGACUCCGUCUACCUGCUGUUCUCCGACCUCAGCCCCAUGGUCAGCCCCGCCCAGGAGGACGGGGGCGGAGCCAAGCAGGUGGAGACCAAGCUCUGUCGGCUGGGGUACGAGGCGGUGAAAGACCUCCUCCAGAAACCUGCCACUGUGCUCAUCUUCCUGGGAGUGGAGCGGAGGAAGCAGCCCUCCUCCUCUCCCUCCUCCUCCUCUUCCUCUCCCGCGUGGUUCGCCAUCAACACGGAGGAGGACGCCGGCGAGCUCCUCAAGCGCUUCGGGCAGAAGAAGUGCUGCUUUACAAAGACGGCCAACAGAGACCUGCUGAAGCUCAGCGAGGACGAGGCCGGUGAGGAGCAAGCCGACCGUUCCUUUGCUACCAGUUUGAG